CCGCCGAGCGUUAAAAGCAUACAUAGCAAUAUAUGUACUAUAUAUGUAUAUGAACAACCCCCCACUAUUCGCAAUCUAUAUCGUUCGAUUCUAAGGACAUUGUCCAGUCUCUGAACUUUCACGAACGAUUUCAAGCCGGUCAGUACCGGCGCGAACCUUGACUGAGAUACUUUUAUUCUUUUCCUCUCGGUGAAUAUUUGUGUCUUCUUGUUCUUCAAAAAAUAUUAGAGAUUUUUUCAUGGAAAAGAAAAGAAAACUAACGAAACUAGAGAAAGUACUAUCGUAGCCGAUAUAUUUGAAUUAUAGACGAGGUUGAUACAGCGUAGGAAGUCGAGCUUAUACGAUAGACUUCUAUAUUGAGUCUUCUUUCGUUUGAGACCUUUGCUUUUCUUGUAGAAAGAGAGAGAAAGAGAGAGAGAGAGAAAGGGAGAGAAUAUAAAGAUAAACCAAUGAGUAAUAAAAAUAAAGAUCGUUUCGAAGAUCGUGGAAAUCCUGCAAAAUCUCAAAGGGAGAGAACAUUGAUUUUCUAAUUUAAAGGCCACCGAAAGGACAAUGCGUCCUUCACACGUCAAGACACGAAGAUGAAGAACACGAAUUAAUGAUCUCUUCGCCAUGCCAACUGGAAUUUCAUCGAUGUUGGCGCCAACCGCGAACGUUGGAUCGUUUGAUCAUGAGGGAAAAAAUUCGGGAGCUUUCACGAUCCUUCAGAGAGACGGUUUAGACUCGAGCUUACCUCUUUUACAUGUCAACGGCGACGAAGAGACGUAUUCAGCUUCGAAGCUGACUAGAGUGAAGAACGCAAAGAACGAUCUGUAUGCUCGCAGACGACUCUGUAAGUCAAACGAGCAUUUGCUUCUGGCGAGUCUCCAAUGUAAUCAGAUUAAUCCGUUACGGAAGAAACAGUAUACGAAGAGUCAGAACGAUCUUGAGGACGAAGAGAAACGAAGGAGGAGGGAGAACGAAGUGGAGAAUGUAGAGAACGAAGAAAAGAAAGGACAAAGAACUAGUAUCCCUCUUUCAACGGAAGAUUUCAACGAGGUACUCAACGCGAAAUUGAGGAAGAUCCAAGAGGACGAGGAAUCUAUGCAAAAGUGUCGAGACUCGAGAAGGAACGAGUCGAUUUCUCAGCAACGAAGAAAACCGUUCAUCACGACGGUCAAGUGCGGAGAGUUUCUAAUGCCACCACCGGAAGUAGCAGCACUUCUUGGCAUUGGUCCGAUCACGAACACUCAGGAUACUGUAGGAAGAACAAUAGGAGGUAUUCCUCAGGGUGAGGUAACUGAUAAUUGGCAAGGUCCUUCCCGUUCCAAACUGAGACCUCUGGUGUCAUUCGGCAAGAAACCAGAAGUACGUCACAGCAAACAUAAGGCGAGAUGUCAAGCGGCAGCCCUCAAGGCCACCGUAGAUUUCGCACUUGACAAGACCAACGCGACUACCCUAGCCUCUUAUUCUUGCUCUGAGGAACAUACUAGGAGAAACAGGAGGUCUCCGAUCAGAGUGGACGGGCUUGAUCAUACGAUUCCUUUUGGGAAUAUUAUGUACGAUCGUCGAGUAAUUCGUGGAAGCACCUUUGCAGCCCCUCCUGCCCUCAUCGAUGGAGAACAAUCGAUAGCGGCAAGGCAAGCGGAAGCAAGAAGGAGGCAUCUAGCAAGAAAAAGGGCACAAGCUCAAAUUUGCAGAGCUAUAAGAUCAGGAUCGCCACCACCAGUCGCUGGUCGCAAGCACGAACCGGUCCAAACUGAAUUUUAUCUCGAGGAAUUGUUCGAGAAACCGGACGAAUUCGAGGUCAGCACACAAACCGAUUACUUUUUGGACAGACCAGCUACGCCCAAGUACUGUCCUGCAAAAACCGGCGAGGAUGUCUCUACACAAAUCGAACCAGGAGACCUCUUCGACUUCGAUCUCGAAGUACAACCUAUUCUUGAAGUAAUCGUUGGUAAGACUAUCGAACAAGCUUUGAUCGAGGUCUUAGAGGAGGAAGAAAUUGCGGCUCUGCGAGAACAACAAAGAAGAUUCCGAGAAUUGCGAGCAGCUGAAAGAGCCGAAGCAAAGAGAUUGAAAGAACAAGAGAGAAGACUUCGAGAAGAGAAAGAUUUCUGCUUGAGGCAGCACGAACAAGCAGUGAAGAUUCAACAAGAAACAGAAGAUCGUGUCGCCGUUGCUGUCCUACUUACGGGAUAUAUAGCCGAACUUUUGCCAGCUGUUUUAGAAGGUUUGAAGAUGUCUGGAUUCCUUCUGGACGAGAUCAAAGCAGAUGUCGAAGAAGGUUUCAUGCCAUGGUUGAUGAAAGAAGUUAAAAAGGAGAUGGGUAACAUGAUCGAAAGCAGAGAGUUGCUAAUGGAUAUCAUCAAAGAAAUAUUGGAGAACAGAGCUGAAACGUACAAGAAAUUAGGUGAGGAAUACGACGCUUCCAGAAGACGAAUACCCGAUGAUCAUAUAGAAGAUGGUGGUCGAGAUAUAGAUUUUCUUAAUUACGAACCACCUUUCUUGUAGAAGAACGAUCAUAUUUAACGCGAUAAAUCGUCGAUUGUUACCGCGUUGUUUUUAUUGAAUUAUAAUCAAAACCAACGAAGCAUAUAAUUAUAUGAACAAAAAUGAAGAUCUGUUCUUUACUGAUCAAAACUAUCGAAGAUUAUAGUUAAAGUAUAUGAAUGAAACAGAUAGAAUUUCUAUUGUGAAAUGAGGUGUGUGCUCUGAUUAAAUAUUCAAAA